AUGGCACCGCCCUCGCCCCGAAGAUCCUCAAGAGCCCGCCCAAUCAACAACGCCUUGUCACAAAACUCGUCCGUGUCGUCGGGGACGUCCGGACGACUAGACCGCAACGCCCGAUCCAACAACAAACCCGCCUCGGGCAAAUCCACGCCCAGCACCUCACUGUCGUCCGAGCCUCCCGACGAUCUCGAAUAUAGCCUCCUCAACCGAAGACGCAAGCGUGGCCAAGACGAAGAGCAGGAUAAAGUCGGCCAAAUAGUCAUGAUGGGGAUCGCCAAUGGAAAUGACGACCUCCAGGACGAGGAGGACGAGGCUGUCCGCUGCAUCUGCGGCUCCGAUGAAUACCCCGGCCUCCCGCCCGUCGAAGGCCCCGACGCGGAAUUCUUCGCCGCCAUCGAACUCACGGACGAUGUCACGGGAUUCUUCGUGCAAUGCGACAUUUGCAAGGUCUGGCAGCACGGUGCCUGCGUCGGCAUCUUUACCGCCGAGAGCUCACCCGAUGAAUACUUUUGCGAGCAGUGCCGCAAGGAUCUUCACAAGAUUCACUCGGCCACCAACGGACAAAAAUACUCCAAGUUCCUCCCUCUCCACCGUCACCAACGGACGACUUCACGAGGCAGCUUGGUUGUCAAGGACGGCGCCCGAUCCCCGAAGACGGGAAACUCCAAAUCCAACCGGCUCGGCUCCGCUUCAUUGGCCGCCAAGAGACGUUGUACGAUGAACAGCCGCGAUGCCGCGUACGAUGACGAGCUGCUGCGUCGAGUGAUAGAGGCCAGCAAAGAAGACGUGCCCACCGAGUCGGGCGAAAGCCUUUCGCGCCGAGCAAAGCGUGGUCGCAGCGACAGCGAUGAGCACAUCUCCAUGGUCAAACGACAACGAACCGGAUCCCGAUCCGUGUCCCCGGCGCGGCCGGCCGAGCAACCGGACACAAGCGCCGGUGGAGGGUCGGACGACGAGUCGAACACGCGAAACGGGUCGAAGAAGAACCGACACAGCAGAAACCAGCGCGAGAAAUCGGAAAAGGAGGACAGGGACCGCCAGCGGCAAGAGGCUGCGAGCAAGAGGAAAGGACGAGCCGAGCGCCGACGCGCAGAAGGUGUGCACCGCAUUCGUGGUUGGAUGCCACCAGGGCUGACGUGGGCCUACGCAGAUUCCGAUCUCUCCGAGGAGACGCCACUGGCGGUGGCCAAACUCGCCCAGGCCAAGGGCGUGGAACAAGCAGCGACGGACGAGUCACCCACCGCGACGCAGCCUCCCGGCACGCCACCGAUGAGCCAGUCGAGGGCUGCCAGUGCCCAGAAGAAGGGUCCCAGAAGCAGUCACAAGCGGGGCAAGGGACGAAAUCAGUACAGCAGAGAUCGCGACCAAGAUGGCGACGAGUCACGGGUUCGGUCCACGUCGCGGGACCUUUCGAAAAAUGCCGACGAAACGUGCCAGCCUAAAGGCUCGGCCUUUGAAGGGAAAUACGGGUCCAAGGGCAAGCUCGCGGCGGCAGGCAAGAUGAGCAUGCUAGACAUGAAGCGCCGCGUCGGCGCGAUCAUGGAGUUCAUCUCGAGGACGCAGCUGGAUUUGGCUGCGGAGAACGGAAGCUCGAGCAGCGGCGGUGAGACGCCGCAGAGGCCGGAGCCGUCUCGCACGAACGGCGACGCCGCCGCCGACGACGAGCAUCCGGACGGCCCAACGACAGAUGGAGAGGCGUUGGGCGAAGGGUCCGCAAAAGGGUUCAAGGAGCUCAACUGCAUGGAGAUGAUGGACGUUCUGACUCGCGAUAUGGUCAAGUGGCAAAACCAGUACUCUUGA